GAAGGAGCUCGCGCUGAUGCUCACCGAGGAGGCGAUCCGUAACUGAUGAUUAACUCUCGGUACAGAUAAGAGCCUUCGUUAAAACUGUACUUAGUUUUAGCAGAACACGGGUUACAGUGUGGUCCGCUUGCGCUUUGUUAAGUUGUUUACAAGUGCCUGCCUCAGUGUGUUGACGGUAACAGAUGACUUGAUUGAUGUCAGCUUAGCUUACCUGAGUCAACUUCUGUGAAAUAACGACAUUUAUUUUGCAGUUAAGAUGGUUUCCGAAGUUGACAUUUCAGUGAAACACACUUUGACGACUGGCGAGCAUCGUUUGUUCUGCGACCGGGACUUAAUUUACAGAUAACUUCCAGGCGUCGGCGAAACUCCAAAGAGAAAGAAUGAGAUUUACGUCGAAGCUUGUUGGAGUUUAAGUGGUUCCAGUCCACUUCAUAUAGCGGGACCGGAGUAUGUCAGUGAGUCCGCGUCAAGUCGUGCUAGAGUAACCGUCCCGCUCUGAAGAUGUUAGGAAGUCCGUCCAACAACGGCGGCAUCAGGACGCUCGUCCCCCCGGCGGCCAACGAUGACAGGCGGGUCGAGUUCGUGGCUCUCACCGCCGUCCAGACGGAGAGGAGCGAACCGUCCACCCCGGAGCGAGGACACCCGUCUCACCGCACGGGACUGCUCGGAACCCCGCUGCCAGGACCCCCCGGACCCCGGGCCAACGUGUCCGCCACGAGCAAACGCUUCAGAAAGUUACAAAACUGUCUGUACAACGUUCUGGAGAGACCGAGAGGAUGGGCGUUCAUCUACCACGCGUUCAUUUUUCUACUGGUGUUCAGCUGCUUGGUGCUUUCUGUGUUCUCCACGAUCCCCGACCAUCAGAAGGUUGCCAACCAAGGCCUCUUCAUUCUGGAGUUUGUGAUGAUUGUAGUGUUUGGGAUGGAAUACUUCAUUCGGAUCUGGGCCGCCGGCUGUUGCUGCAGAUACCGAGGAUGGCAGGGACGUCUGAGAUUUGCCAGGAAGCCGUUCUGUGUCAUAGACUUCAUAGUAUUCGUAGCGUCCCUGGCUGUCAUCGCCGCAGGAACACAGGGAAACAUCUUUGCCACCUCAGCCUUGCGUAGCAUGCGCUUUCUGCAGAUUUUACGCAUGGUGCGGAUGGACCGGCGGGGAGGCACAUGGAAACUUUUGGGCUCCGUUGUAUAUGCUCACAGCAAGGAGCUGAUUACAGCCUGGUACAUCGGUUUCCUGGUCCUCAUCUUUGCCUCUUUCCUGGUUUACCUGGCGGAGAAAGAUGUCAACUCAGAUUUCUACACCUAUGCAGACUCCCUCUGGUGGGGCACUAUUACAUUGACUACUAUCGGUUACGGGGACAAGACUCCACAUACCUGGCAAGGACGCCUUCUGGCUGCGGGCUUUGCUCUUCUGGGUGUUUCCUUCUUUGCUCUUCCUGCUGGAAUCCUGGGGUCAGGGUUCGCCCUGAAGGUUCAGGAGCAGCACCGACAGAAGCAUUUUGAAAAGAGGAGGAUGCCGGCCGCCAACCUCAUACAGGCUGCCUGGCGUCUCUACUCUACAGAUGCUAAACACUCUUAUUUAACCGCUACAUGGUACUUCUACGACAGCAUGUUGCCUUCUUUCAGGGAACUGACGCUACUGUUCAGUCACCUCCAGCGACAGCGUAACAACAAGAAGGUUCUUCACAACUCCUACCACACGCUGCUGUCAGGGCUGCGGCCCUACAGCUCACCCUACCUGUCGGGGGACAGGAAGGCAGAAGUUCCAUGCAGUCAACUCCUAUCUAAAAAGCGAGGUCUCUUCCGGAUUCAUGCAGGCCGCAAGCAGAGCAGCAAAAUUGGCUUCAGGGAUCGCAUCAGGAUGAAUAAUUCACGAUCUUCUCAAACAAUUCGAAAUAAGGCGUCCCCCCUGCCGCCCACGCCCGGCGUUAGAAACUCGCCCAGUCAGGAGAACGUCCCGGAGGCCUCCAGCCCCGGGAAGGUUCAGAAGAGCUGGAGCUUCAACGACCGAACUCGCUUCAGAACUUCCCUUCGUCUCAAACCUCGACCUCCCGCUGAUGUGGAGGGAGUUGGAGAGGACAGCAUGGAAGACAAACCGUACUGUGAUGUGGCCAUGGAGGACGUUAUUCCGGCUGUGAAGACUCUUAUCAGAGCUGUCAGGAUUUUGAAGUUCCUUGUGGCCAAGCGGAAGUUUAAGGAAACCUUACGUCCGUAUGACGUGAAGGACGUCAUCGAGCAGUACUCUGCUGGACAUCUGGAUAUGCUGGGACGCAUCAAGAGCCUGCAGACGCGGGUGGAUCAAAUCAUUGGGCGAGGGGCUGUGCAGACGGACAAAAAAGCCCGGCCUGAGAAAGGAGAGAAGACUCCGCCAGAACUGGAUCCUCUGGAUGAGUUGAGCAUGAUGGGACGGGUUGUCAAGGUGGAGAAACAGGUUCAGUCCAUAGAGAACAAGCUGGACCUUCUGCUGAACUUCUACUCUCAGUGCCUCAAGAAAGGUUCGUCCCACCUCACCCUCUCCUCACUCCUGGACCCAGACUUGACCUCGGACUACCAGAGCCCCACGGACCAAAGAGACCUCUUCCCCUCUGCAAACACACUCAACAUCUCUCAGUCUGAGAGUGGGAACAUGGAGUGACGAUGAACAGCGACAGAGACGUGUCUUGAAGUCUUCCAGCCAAAUGUAUUUCAUUCAUAGCUGCAGCCAGUAGAGAGCAGCAGCUGACAGGUCAGAGGUGGCGAUGAAGCCACUGAGCAACUUUACUACUGAAACACUCUCUUCUCAGCGCUGUGAUUUGUUUAUGUUAUUGAAUCCUGUUUCUUUCUCGGCUCUCACACAAUGAGAAGAACUACAGGAGGGGUGGAUUCUGCACCCUGGAAAAAGAGAUGGGGUCAAAAAAGUCCUGCAUCAGAAAAUCAGUGUUCGACUAUUCACACGUUCUUCAGUGUUGAACCCACAAGGUUUGCUCACACCCUAAUCCACAGUUUUAGAUGAUCCAUCCAAUUAAAGGGCUAGAUCAGUACAUGGUCUUGUAGCGCCCCCUGGGAUUGUCACCACGGCCAGAGAGGUUAUGUUUUUGUCCGUCAGCAAAGCAACCUUUGAAGGUGUUUAAAUAAGCAUUUCAGGACAAUAGUUUAAGGAGCACCAUCUGGAUUUAGGAACGUUUUGAAGAAACCUUCCUUCACUUUUACAGUCCUGCUCUGUUCACAACUAGCAAAAAUGUUUUCUUCCUCCAUAUAAAACAUGGAAAACAUCAGUAAAAGAAACUUGCAAAGCAAAUGCUUUUCUCAAUUCAUCAUUUAGGGUUCCUAGAUGAUGGCUAUUGCUUUGAGACUCGUGAAAACAGCUCAGCUAACGUGGCUAUGCUAACGUGAUGCUAGCUUAACUGUUUGGCGUCCUUGAGCUGCUAGUUUUGCAGUUACCUCGACAACCCUGUCCGGACACGUCCUGUUGGCGAGCAAGCACAAUUGAUUUGAAUGUAGGCUGUUGUAUGAAGUCACGUGACAUGAGCUGCGUGGCGGAGGUUUGCGCUGUCUCACUGCUUUUCUUAUUGUGUCAUGGGACUUUACACCAAGCACAGAAGGCAGGAGCAAAUCUUCAUGUCCUGAAUCAGUGGACUUAGCAUCACGUUUGUAAUAAACCAGCGUUACUUUUAAACCGAAAAAUUAAAUGUAUUGAAAUUAGCUAGUCGGAUAAAUCACUGGCGUUUGGAACAUGUCAUUACAACAAAUAUUGAUGAAUUUAAAGUCGUAUCUUAAACAGCAAAUAUAUACAUGCUCUGCACGUGUGAUUAUCAGGAUAUGAUUUUUAGGUAAGAAGUGUAUUUUCAGACCUCGGCGGGGUCAGGUGCAGAACUUCACGAUCAAGGCAAUAACCAGGUGGAUGGAUCAUUUUUGGCCAGCUUUACUUUGAAUUUGCUCAUUUUGAAUCACAAUGUCUCUUUUUUUUGGAAAAAAAAAUCAAGCCCAUCUGCAAAAAAACCUCCCUAUUUAUCGUCUAAUAAUGAAAGCCCUUGCUAGUUUGCUUCCGCUGAUAGCUAAUCCACUGGUCCCCCUCUAGGACUAGGCAGCUCGGGUACUUUCUCCGGGCCGCGCUGCGCUUCUCACAUCCAACCUCAGGUCAGGUGUGCUGGUUACACAACAUGACCCACCUCACGUGCUGCUCAGAACUGGUCCAGUCAUCAGAACCUACUGUACACACAGCUGUGGUCAGCAACUAUGUAGGUGCUGCUGUUUAAAAAAGAAAGAAAAAAAAAAACACUUUAGCAGUUUCUCUCAUGUGGACGGUCCAGAUGUUCUGCAUGAAUAUUGAACUAUUAUUCUUGCAUGUGUGAUGGAAACAGUUCCAGGGUAGGUUGCAGUCGGACCCCCAGUCUAACUGAAAGGCAUUACUGUCACGUUGAUCCUGUCGCUGCUCAGAAGAUGUUCUGUUGUGGUCGACGAAACUGGAGAGCACACGCACACACAAAGACCCUUUACUUAUGAGACUUAGGCACUUGAUAAGAGUAUUACAAUUAUGUUGUCGCUAUUGAUUUUGGUUUUCUAUUCUCUGAAAAUCAUGCACUGAAAUGUGUGUAACAUAAAAGUGACUGUUUUUAUUCACUGAUUUUGUUUGUUAGUAGAUGUUCUAAUUUAUAUUUAGUUACGUUCUCUAAGGCUGCUGUAAUCACUUUUUUUUUCAAUUAUUUUACAAAGCCAUCUCUUUUUGAUCAACAGAUUACAAUCGUUUUAAUUUAUUUAUUUUAAGUUAUUUAUGAAUCUUUAAAAAAAAAGUGAAAUAAUUUUCUUAAUUUACAGGCAGGAUUUCCUCAGAAUAACCACUCACUAUAUUUAAAUGUGGCAUUUAAUCGAGAACUCUUGACUUAUAACAAUAAAUUCAGAUCAGUUUUAUUUAAUACCUGCUUAUAGUUUCAAUACAAAUAUUGAUUCUCUGGUACAGAAAACAUUUUAAAACAGAAAGGCAGUACAUUUCUGAAGCUCUUUGGAGAGAUGUAAAUCACAACACGGAUGAUCACGUUUACACACACAAACUGCUUGUGGAAAUAUCUUUUUAUCAGACACUGACAAACUCAUUGAAAAAACUCACAACAGUGAUCUUUGUUCCUCCGUCCAUUCAAGACACUUGGUGCUUUUUCAAUUGAAAGCUAUUUUUUGUAAAACUGAAGCCAAGCUUUUAUUUAUGUUUCAUGCAAAGGCCAGUGUUUUGAGUGCAGGACAGCCCUCACCUUGGCUGAGUGAUCUCCUCUGAAGUGUCCCUCUGUGGUCACAAUGUUGAGUCGAAUCGCCCCCAGUUAUAUUCACAAUUCACUUUAACACUAAGUGCUUGAGCAGCUUACUGGUGGUGUUACAGCACAUUAAACAAAAUCCAGCUCCUACUGGAAAUUAAAAGCAAUAUAUAUAUAAAUCAUUGUUGCAGCACAAAGGUACCCCUCACUUGGAUUGUUCAUGUUAGCGGUCACCCACAAAAUUAGAGUCAAUCUGAGUCAUAUUUCGCUAUUAUUUCUCCUGACAGUUGCUAUUUCCUGUUGAUCAGUUGGCAUUUAUCCUAGAUUAUUAUUUAAAUAUGCAUACAUGUUUAUCAUAUUCAAGUGGCAUUUCAUUACUUUAUAAAAUUUAGUCUAUUUAAAAAAAUGAAAAUAUAAAAUUCUAAUGACAUUUUUACAUACUCUUUGACCUUCUUUUCAGUCUUAUACAGCCCCUUCUGAGAAAUAUUUAGCUUCUCACGUUUGAAAGGGUGACCAGCUCAAGACAAGUGCAAUAGUUGAAUUUUAUUGUCAUAUCUUCAAAGCCAAGAUCGGCGCGCUGCCGGGGGGCGUCUUUAUAAGCUUAUUGUUAGAAGUAUUUAAUGAAACAUAUUUUAGAUGUUAUAGUAGGUGGGAAGAAAUAAACAAGGAUGCAAGGAGAUAUUAUUUACUUAAUUUAUUUAGGUGAUUUCUGUCCCUUAAAUCCACUGAAGUAGUAUUUAAGGGACAGUUUUCUACUUUAUCAUAUAACUAAAUGGAAAUGAAGUGGGAAAAGUCACAUAUGAAAAAGAAAAAAAACGACUGUGAUGGAAAUAAUUCAAUAUCAUGAGGGGAAAAAUAUGUUAUGUUGUAGGACCAUUAUGUUAAGAAGAUGAAAGUAUUUAAAAGCCAUGCAGUAUUUUAAGUGGUAGACUUUAGGUUGGACUGUUGCUAAAUGAAGUCAUGUGCCUUCAACGUCCCUCUUGUGGUUUGAUGCAACAAUUCUGUCUUAUUAUGCUGCUUUAUCUUGACGAUUUGAUCACAUUUGUUUUGAAGAAACAUACACUGUUGUACAAUAGUCUCCUGUGGAUGUCGCUAGUGUAGCACUGUAAUCCUGUGUAACUCACUUUGGAGGCUCCAACACCACCACCUGCAUGUGUCCUACCAUGAGUCGACUGGCCUCCGCACAACUACCUCUGAGGACACUAGGGGGCGCUCGUCCAGGGAGAAGCCGUCUCCGUGAAUGAUACUUGCAUGACUUUAUCUGCAUGUUCUUCCUCUUCCCUCCAUCCACUGACUUGCUGCCAUUCGACAUUCCAGCUCGUUGCCCUUUAUCUAGCGUAGGUGCCGGAUUUGUUGUCAUCAUGAAGCAGGAAGUGAUCAAAGCAAUAACCUCUUCCAAGUCUAUGUAAUGUAGCCACUGGUUGAAAACGGCGCGUAGCGUAGCUCUGACUUUUGAUUCGAAUGCUUCUGUUUAACCGUUGAACCCGAUGCAGAGUAGUGCAUCAACUGAGAGUAAACUCAG